CAAUUAGUGCAGCAAUGAACGAUAAAAAAAAGAGUAAACAAACAAAAGGCACUUUUGAGUUAGGAGAUGAAAAAAUCAACAUUACGUCUGAUGAAGCGCCAGCUUUAUUGUCUAAGUCUUCACUAAAACGAAAAGCGUCAAAGGAUGAUUGUUUUAAUGAAAGUGAUGAUGAAGAAAAAGUGGAAGACAAUGAUACCGAAGGUGUCGGAGAAUCCGAAGUAAAUUCACUUUUACAUAGCUUUGGUGCUGACAUCAGUAAAAGUUUAACUGCAAAGCGGAAGCAACUUGCUAUGUUUACCGAAGCUUCAUUAAAAACAAGUAAUCGCAAAUAUGAAGAAAUAUUUAUUGCUCAGCAAUCAGAGAGAAAUACAAUCAAUGAAGAAUUUAACAAACAAAUCUGUUCAGUAUUGGGACAAUGGGAAACUGACAUUUUAAAAACUAAAGAAGGAGAUGAAAAGCUGGAGGCCAUUUUUCGACAGCUACAGAAAUCGCUUCAGCAACAACGAGUUGUUCAAAACCAACGGUUAAAAUCGUUAAAAACGCUUCAUGAACACUAUACGAAAAGUGUUAGUGAGUUAGCUAAGGUUCAUCGUGAUCAGCAAACUAAUAUACAUGUCGAAUUAAGAAAAGAGUUGUCGAGUUUGCGCAAAAAAAUGAUCGAUGGAGCGCGCAAUGAAAACUUUAGUAACAUUAGAAAAUCGCUUCAAAGCUUGCUACACAGUGUUUAAGUC